AUGGCAGCCGGAAUUUUAGAGCCUUCAGCUGAAAGGUUGUGCCGUAACUUUUGGAGCGGUUCUUCGCAUUUCAUGGCAGGGGAGAAGGAGUGCGUAGCGCUGGCGCUCGGCAAUGCUGCCGGUCUGGAGGAGGCGCCUGCCAGUGGCAAUGAUCCCACUGCCGCCGGUGAUGAUGAGGAGGAGGAGGUGAGGAAUGAUGGGGAUCAGGAAGGGCGGAGCAAGGGAUUGAGGAAGUGCGUCCAGAAUUUGCCGUGGUCUAUGGGCGGGGAUGCUUUUAAAAGGCUCCUGGAAGAGCAAGAUAUAAAAUUCGCCUCGGCCAAGAAGAGAAAGGGAAAGACUGUUGGCUUCGUGGAAUUCGAUGCUGCCGAGCACGCUGAGCACGCCAAAGUGAAACUAGAAGCGAUGACGGGUUCCAAAGGGAAGAAGCCAAAGGUGUCGGAUGCUCUUCCACGAAGCUGGGAGGCUGACGAAACUGGGAAUGGAGAUGCGAAAGAAGAAAAUGCCGAGCCGCCGAAAGAUGUGAGUGAGGUUGUCACUCCUUUGGCUUCUCAGUCGUAUGAGGAGCAACUACGAGAGAAGCGUGAUGGCGUCGCAACAGUGCUUAGAAAGUUCGUUCGCCACACACGCAAGUGCUGCGUGCAUGGUACUCCAGUUCCGGAAUGGCUCACUCCGGGAAAAGAAAAAGGGGGAAUGGCUUGUGACUUUGAAGGCAUUAUUGCUUCUCCUGUGGUUGAAGGCUACCGUAACAAGUGUGAAUUUAGCAUCGGAUCUUCUGCCGAUGGGGAAAGUGUUGUUGGAUUUCAAAUGGGGAUGUUCAGGAAAGGCAUUACCGCAAUUGGAAAUCCCAGGAACUGUCGUAACGUGUCGGACAUUGCAAAGUUUUAUGCUGGUGCACUGGAAAGUUUUAUACGCACAUCUGAGUUUCAAGUGUGGAACAAGGAAAAUAACUCUGGCUUUUGGCGGAUGUUGACGGUUCGAGAAGGUCGACAUCCUAGAACUUGUGAAGAAAAGGUUCCAACGGUUGCCGAAGUUAUGCUUGUAGUGCAGGUAUCUCCAUCAGGUAUUGCAAAUGACGCAAAGAUGAAAGAAUAUGAGCGUAUGGCCCGGGAACUUUCAAGCGCUGCUUUUAGUGCAUCACCACCUGUUACACUCACUGCUUUACUUGUCCAGGAACAUGUGGGAGUUUCGAACGCUGCUCCUGCCGAUGCUCCUUUAAUUUCCUUGGCGAUUCCGGGCACAGAAGUCUCUGUACAACAUAUUCACGAUUAUAUUGGCGAUCUGCAAUUUAGGAUUUCUCCGACAGCAUUCUUCCAGGUCAAUAGCUUUGCGGCUGAGAAGCUGUAUGCGCUCGCUGGGGAGUGGGCUGGUCUUGGCCCCAACACUUUGCUCUUUGAUAUAUGCUGCGGGACGGGGACUAUAGGACUGACGCUUGCACGCAAAGUUGGCAUGGUGGUGGGAAUAGAGAUAAAUGCAGACGCAGUCACAGAUGCCUUGACAAAUGCGAAGCUCAAUGACAUUUCAAACUGUAGAUUCGUGUGUGCUAAGGCCGAAGACGUAGUAAAUAAGCUACUCAAUGAAUACGAGGUCCUUCCCGAAGAAUCUUCGGAAGAUAAUGCUAUGGACACUGAUAAGAAACGCUUCUCCAAUGUAGUGGUGAUUGUGGAUCCUCCACGGAGUGGUUUGCACCCAACAGUUACAAAGGCCCUUCGAGUACAUUCACGGCUCAAGCGCCUUGUGUAUGUAUCAUGUAACCCCGACACGUUGAUCGCAAACUCGAUCGAGCUGUGUGCUCCCUCGAGCACGGCUGACAAGCAGAAAAACGGUCGAGGCAUGAACAUCAAAGGCAUGAGCAGCAUGGGCUAUGCUAGGCAGCGAAUGAAGAACAUGCCAAACUCGGAGCCAUUCAAGCCUGUGAAGGCCGUGGCCGUGGACCUGUUCCCUCACACCCAUCACUGUGAGAUGGUGAUGCUCCUCCAGAGGUAGCUUUGAUUAUUCCCUCAACUUCCAUUUCACGAUCGCAUGGGUAUAGCCCAACUUCAGAAAAGCAGCUCGAGUAGUGGACAGGGAUCACUUGUCUGCCAAGCAGCAUUCAUUCGCGAAAAUUUGCUGGAGGACGUGCCAAAUAUUCUUUUUGGCAAAGCAACCUGGGAAAAGAGAAGCUCCCACAAGCCGUAAGAAUCUGAACUACCGUUAGAACAAUGCGAAGAUUCUUGUCCAUGAGGAGGCAAUCUUAUCUAAGCUAUAAAAACAGUGCUGAGAUUUCUGUC